AAGACUUUAAAGUUGAAGUCUUCAACUCCGCCGCACCUCUCUCUCUGUUUCGCAUUUGCAAAUUGCAAGCCGUAGGUUUCCGGAAGACAGAGAGAGUUGCUGCAACUCGCAAUGGCACCAAAAGCCAGACUCCCGAGAAAGACCCGGAACCCCGAUUUGAUUCGCGGGGUGGGUAAGUUCUCCAGGUCCAAGAUGUACCACAAGCGCGGCCUUUGGGCCAUCAAGGCCAAAAACGGCGGCGUAUUCCCACGCCAUGACCCCAAGCCAGCGGCUGAGACCCCAACCCAGAAACCCCCUAAGUUCUACCCUGCCGACGACGUCAAGAAGCCUCUCGUCAACAAGCGCAAGCCCAAGCCUACCAACCUCAGAGCGAGUAUUACUCCUGGCACGGUGUUGAUUAUAUUAGCUGGAAGGUUUAAGGGAAAGAGAGUUAUUUUUCUUAAGCAGCUUACAUCUGGAUUGCUUCUCGUUACUGGGCCAUUCAAAAUUAAUGGUGUUCCUUUGAGACGUGUGAAUCAGUCCUAUGUGAUUGCCACUUCCACCAAGGUUGACAUUUCUGGGGUGAAUGUAGAAAAGUUUGAUGACAAAUAUUUUGCAAAGGAAGUGGAGAAGAAGAAAAAGAAGGGAGAGGGAGAAUUUUUUGAGGCAGAUAAGGAGGAAAAGAAUGUCGUCCCGCAAGGAAGGAAAGACGAUCAGAAGAGCGUGGAUGCUUCAUUGAUAAAGUCCAUUGAGGCUGUCCCAGACUUGAAGACAUACUUAGCUGCGAGAUUCUCUCUUAAGUCAGGCAUGAAGCCUCAUGAGCUUGUCUUUUAGACGAUUCUCUCAUAUAUUACUCUUUAGGAUAAAUUUACUGCUCCUGGACUUGUUUGUCUCAGACUAUCCGCAAUUUUGUAUUAUCAUUAUCAUUUUAUUGCCAGAUCCAACAUUCUGUAUUGAUCGGUUUUGCAUUAUGAAUUCUUUCGGCCAUUUUGAUUUU